CACACUAGGCACAGCCUGGUACAGCUGUGUCUCCAGAUCUGAAAUUUGUGUUGAGUCACUCAGACUCGUCUGUUAGUACCGGAUCCGACGCCGCAGAGAUUUUCGUCCUGAAGAGAUUUAGAACACUAGCGACUGCUUGAGCUUUGUUACCUGUCUGUUGGAACAAAGAUGCACCGUUGGAUCCCGGAAGUUGUGCGGGUUAUCUUUGAAUAUAUCUAUGAUCCUAUCCGCGAAGAAGAGGAUAUUGAGGGUCGCGUCACGAUGGCCGGUUUAGCAAGAACGUGUCGAACAUUUAAAGACCCUGCCCUAGACGUCCUAUGGGCUCAGCUCGACUCUUUGGAUGCAUUCGUCCUCUGUUCUGGUGGGAGCCGAGAUCGCUGGAACCAAUCAAUUUGGGACUGUCCAUUGUAUGAUGCGGACUGGCGCACUCUGGCGCGUUAUGCAAAACGCGUCCGCACGCUGACAAUUUCACCUUAUUCAGAGACAUGGCAUAGCAGUACUAUGCGACUUCUGAAUUGUUUUCCUCUUCCGGGACCCUUUCUUCCGAAUCUCACAAAGUUGAAUUGGCUGUCCAACAAUGAGGAAUACUUUCCUUUCUUGCAUUGUUUCUGCGGACCUAAUCUUAAGACCCUGAAGCUUUCUCCUGUCUGGUGGGAUGUCAGCAAGUGUGUUGCUGUCGCUUCGCUUGCACCAUCAUGUCCUUCGCUCGAGGAAUUUUUAUGCCCAGACGCAGAUGAUUUUUCGGUGCACGCAAUCAGCGAGGCAGUUUUGGGCUGGAGCAAGCUUCGAAUGCUGCAGGUCGGUCCUAUGGAUGAGCAGGCUUUGGCGCACGCAGCCUCUUUACAAACGCUUCAAGAGUUGCAUUUCUCUGCUUCAUCAGAUCCCAGAUCCUCCAUGUUGGAAUUUUGCACCCCCCAUGCCCUGGUAGCGAUCUCAGUCCCCACACCUUCUUUCUUUCAAGCAUUCAUGCAAAACGUCCAUUUCUCAAUUCAACGCCUGGUAAUUCAUUGCUCCCUCUACGAUGACUCCUUCCCCGAACAUUUCUUCUCGCACUUACAAGCGUGCCUGGUGCAUCCUGGGGAACUUACACGGCUCGCGCUGCUUGUGAACAGGAUAUCAGACGAGGAUGCUAGCAACGAAUCGAUUGUGCUCAACUCUCGCAUGUUGCAUCCACUCUUAUCAUUCAAGGGACUCGGUCACUUAGAUCUUGGGCAUUCGUGCACCGCACAUAUUGACGAUACCUUUCUCAAGGAAAUAGCCCUGGCUUGUCCACACCUACAGGGACUUUGGUUGGGUGACCAGCAUAAUUGGCUCACUGUUCCGUUGUUGACCUUUGAUGGAGUCACAUCUCUCUUGAAGUGCUGCCGCCAGUUGUCUUGUCUCGGCAUUUUCUUUGAUGCCACUUUCAAAAGUGAUACGACGUAUGUGGCCUCGGUCGACGCAGUCAGUCCAAGAAUUACAGAAUUUCUUGUUGGGACAUCCCCCAUCGGUGAUCCUGUGAAGGUCACAGCAGUACUGUCGUUUCUAUUUCCGAGUGUAACUCGCAUAAAUCAUUCCAUUCCCAGCAAAUUCCCUGUCGAGCUUCAGGAAAGAAGGGAAAAAUGGGAGACAGUAAACAUGUGGUUGGAAACAUUUGUCUCGGCCCGGAAGGAAAGUAGGCAACAAGGCUGGUUGGAGGGGAAGGCAGAGGUUAAAGCGGAUACAGUAGCGUAAAUUUAUAUCAAUUCCAUCAUUCUUUUUGUAUCCUAUAGCCAGUUCGGUAGUGUUAUAGAUCACCAGGGCCUUCGCAGAAGGAUGUUGAAUAUUCUUUAUCGUUG